UUUACUAUCUGUUUGCCGUAACAGCCAGUAUUCACGUACUUGGUUCCAUCAACUCCACUUGGCGUGUUAACGGACCACGCCAUUUGUUUAUCUUGGAAGCAAGCCAUAUUCACGAGUGCCUCAAGUGACCGUCCCUGCCUGCAAAGCUCAAGACACAGCCGUGCAGUCAUCACUAUAAGGCAUGAGUCCCACUUUUGCACUUUCUCACAGCCACACCCUAGCUUCAUAUAGGUGCUCCAAGCCUGUACCCUGGUUCUGGCCAGUCGUGACGCUUGCAGUCCCGUUUUUUCUCGCUACACGCGUUUCUGCGACCAUCGGAGUGCUGCGACAAGUCGAAUACGCUGCAAGCGUCGCACGUGCCGUCAAGAUGGCGUCAGACACACUCGGCGGUGCAAGCGACGAGGGAGUUUUCAUAAAGACGAUUCAUGGUCGUGGCUGCCUCGAUUCCGGCUGCUGCUCAAUAGACUGGUCACAGCGGCUCCGAGUGAACUCCAACUGUCCCACGUGGGGCUGGCUCAAGUGGAACUCCGACGGCCCUUUGAUUGUGAGCCAGCGUCCGCUGUUCAGGGGCUGCCUGGAAUGCGAAAACGCCGAGCUGGGAUGCGUGGCCCACGUCUCCCGCUGCAGCGGUCGCCUCGACCAGCAGUGGCGGCUCAAGUUUGCCUCCAACUGGACCACGGUGUUCGGCGAACCAGUGUUCGCCAUCGCCAGCUUCUACUCUCCCGAACACUGCCUCACGCUCGUCAACGGAGGCGGCGACGGUGACUUCUACGCGCUCCAAGAGUGCGCCACUCCUCGGCCUUCAGAAUGGCAAGGCUUCUACGUGGUGCGAAACCCCCUCAAGCGUUAACCACAUCGCGCUCGCAAGCUGGCGUCACGAAAUCUCGUAGUACCGUCUGAGAAUAAAGUCAUCACACACAGUC